AUGGGUAAUUUGAAAUCUUGUUGUUCUUAUAGUGAUGAACAUCUUUUCAUGUCAAAUCAACUAGUAGUUGGAAAUGAAGCUUCUCCAGAAGUUGCAGUAAUUAAUACAGAUCAAAUUCAUGAAGAUACAAAUACAUUUGAUGUACAAUUAAUUAUGCAAGAUCGUAGCAAACUUGGUUGUGAGGUUAUGAUUGAUAGUACUAACGUAACGCUAUAUGGAGAUGGGAAAUGUAGGAAUAUUCCUAUGAGUGAUAUACAUCAACUUCUUCAUACAAAGGAAGAACUUGCAAGAGUAGAGAGUAGUGCUGGCAUCAAUGAUAGUGAUAAUUGUGUAGCUAUUCAUUUGAGGGAGUCAGGGAAUUGUAUUCCAUUAUUCUUUAAGACAUCUCAAGAUAAGGAUAAGUUCACAAAGAUAGCUCUGAGAUUUAAGCAACCUUGA